UGUGCACAACAGAGGAAGUGUACCAGCAGUACCAAUACAAUGCAAGCAUGCCCCCACCAUCCACCAUGGACAAACGCCACCCAGGAUUCCGGGAAGAACUUGGCUACAUUCCACCACCCAACCGCAAGCUUCCACCUGUGCCUGGAUCCCAGUAUAACACCUGUGACCGCAUCAAGCGAGGUGGGGGGUCGGGUCGCGGCACACAUGCCACCUGGGACCCAAGACGACCCAUGUACGAGGAACUCUCCCUCCAUCCCCCCCCCGGACGACGUAUCCCCCUUGGAGGGCCCCCACAACCCCUUGGCUCUCAGGACACUCUCAGAUCAGGUGGCGAUGACGAGAUCUGCCCUUAUGCUACCUUCCACCUUCUGGGCUUCCGUGAGGAAAUGGACCCCCAACAAGCCGGCAACAACUUCCAGACUUUCCCCCACCAGAACGGCCAUGGCUCACAGCAACACUUCGUCAACUCCCCUGCCUCAAGGAGCAUGCCUCGUCAUGGGUCCGGCAACUACUACUCGUGCGUGGCCGGAGAAUAUGGCCCUGGCGGUCCUCCAAGCAGCACCUACUACUCUACUGUUCCUGGCGACAUGACCGCUUCCCGCAUGAGCAACUCAACUUUCUCUCCAACCUACGAUGACCCUGCCCGCUCUGAUGAAGAGAGUGACCAAUAUGGUGGAUCUACUUACUCUGGUGGUGGACCCUAUGCUCGAGCCAUUGAUUCUGUGUCACAGUCUGGCACUGCUAAACGCCUUAAUGGUGGUCACCCCCCUGGAGCUCCUGUGUCUGGGCCUCAACCCAGCAACCAUAGAUUUAUAUCUAACCGCGGAAGCACUUCUGGAAGCGCUGGACAAGGAUCCCCUGAGCCUCCCCCUCCUCCACCUCCCCGCAACGGAGACCUCCCCCUUGAUUCCUCUGGCCUCGGUUCAUCUCUGAACGACUCAAACAACUCCACAGCAUCUAAUCAGUUCUCAGAGGCUGAGUGUGAUCAUGAUCUUGUGCAGCGUAAUUAUGGAGAGAGACAUUGUGCACAAACCAAACCAGUGAAGGCUACCAAGAGCACAGAGGAGAUGCGCAAGCUCCUGGACAAAAAUGAAGCAGCUGCCCACAUUCAAAAUGGAGGCCUAAGGAUGGUUAGCGACGAGAUGAAUGUGUGAGGUCCUCCAGACCCCACUGCAGGACCUCCCAAACCCCGUGCCAUACGAGGCAGCCUGAUUACCGCCCCCAUGUCACUGCACGCUGAUUAUUGAUUCUGAACACCCAAGCUGAACACUGAGACAAGAUCUGCUACUAGAUAUGAUAUGAUUAUAUAUAUAUGUAUAGACCCUCACCCCUAGACGCAUUACUGAAAUGAGCACAGAGGACAUUAAUAGCGGAGGCCAUAUACUACAAGGAAGAAGGUAGUAUUUGUGAUAAAAUGUAUAGAAUAUCAGAGGAAAUUGUGCAUCAUUUACAUCUUAGCUCUCUAAUUUAAAAUAGUUCCAGAUACCUCAUUAAAUACAUGUAUACUCCAAGCACUGUAAUAAAUGGUAAAUCAGCAGCAGUUGUUCUCUUGUGUUGAAGAUCGAAUAUCUGAUUCUGUGUUCAUAGGGGUGACCCACGUCUUCUUAAUUGUUACUGCGUCACAGUCCCCCCCCGCUCAUGAGAAUUAUUAACCUGCUGUGAACUCCAUUGUUGUACUCCCUCGUUACCACCGCGAGCUGAUUGACGUUUUUUGCUUUGAGUGUUUCUUGCAGUGUCGUGUAUCACGUAACAGUAGCAGUAUUCUUUUUCUGCCCUGUGCUCAGUUUGAAAUGUGAAUAUGAAGGCAAAUGCUUCUGUUGCAGUGUAAUUUGCACCGGUAAUUUGAGGGCCACACCGUCAGUGAAUUCUUAACCAUAGCAGUGAACAGAAUGUCUUCAUUGGCCAUUGGACCAUAUGUGCUGUGUGAUAGUGUGAGAUGAACUAAGGAUUGCUGUGAGUCAUCCGUGACGGUGCUAUGUGGGAGUGACUCUCGACUUGUUUGGUGUUCUACAUACUUUUGUGAUACAACCAAGGUCUAGUCAGGAGCGGGGGAUCAACCUGUCAGUGUUUGCCAGAACCUUUGUGACGCAGAUGUAAUCAUUACGCUCAGUUUUACCAUUUUUUCCAAUCUACCAGCAGUAGUCCAUUAAUGAGACUGACAGGGAGAAUGGCAAAGGAUGGAUAUGAAAUGACAUUGUGAUGACGUGAGGUUAUUUAAUGCAAUCUUUUUGAGUUAAAAAAGUAUCUUGCUUGCAGUAGAGAUAAACCUAUUGAGGUAUAUAUAAAAAGUGACAUAAUUGUUUCAAUGGCAUCUCUAUUAGUGCACUUUCAGAAAGCUAUCUCCCUGUCAACUCUUUUGCCGCAGCGUUCCUAGGUGUUGCUUAAUUUCAGCAGCUUGCAAGACAAUAUAUGACUUGACCAACAAUUUUGAGUCUUAAUGUGGCAGAUCUUGUACUGAUGGAGAAAGAAAUAUUUAUCAGCAUUUAAAACUUAAGACAAAAUUGGUGGGAAAGUCACAUUAUCCAAAUAUCCAAUGUAUUGUAAGGCAUCUCGCUAGGUCAUAUUUUAUUUGUAUAUUGAAUUCAUUUAUCUUAGGAACAAUUGACAAAUUCUCAUUGUCAAGUAAUCAGUUUCUACUUAAAGAUAUUUCCAUUGUAAACAUUUCUUAUGACUCUAAGACAAAAUGUUGAUGUGUAAGUAUGUGUGCAUUGCUUCUUUAUAGUGUUAGAAUUGUGUGAAAGUGAAUAUAUAAUGAUAGAUUUUAAGUCAGUGCAAAGUCAUACUCCUAUAUCAUUAUUGGCAGAUUUCUCCUGUAUCUGACAAUAGCCAUUAUCUAUCUUCUGGUAAUGUUUUGGUGGUUAUUCAUUGAGUCGAUCAAAGUGGACAUGCAGAAAAGCUUGAAGUUGCAAGAGUGUUGAUGGGUGAUAGAGCCUCUGAUGAUGGAUGGAGAGGAAGCACACUUCAUCCUUUCCAGUAAAUGAAAGAUAGAAAAAAGGCAAUUAACACUCUGCACUUCCUUCAUUGUCCACUUUCAACCAGAAGAUCAGUGAAGGCUCCAGAAUAUGCCAACAUGUCACAUAAGCUCAAGUGUUGACCAUGUAGUCCCCAGUAAAUGUUGCCAGUAUAAUCUUUGCCUGUCCUCAACUAAGCAGACUUUACAUUAUUGAUUUGCAUUUCAUUAGUAAUGAUAAUAUCAAGGUGUAAUACCACCAGAACUAGAGAGGUCAUGCUUUCUAUCUAUGCAUAUGUACUAUUAAAAAUAAAAAGAUCAGAAGAGGAAAUUCCCCAAAAGUAUAUAAUGCUCAAACUCUUGAGUAGAUAAACGAAUGCUUUUUUCUACUGCUUUUAGGUAGGAUUAAUCCAUGUUGAAAACUCAGUAUUAGGCAAUAUAGGCAUACAUGCAAGACAUUCAAAGCACCUUUCUUGGAUUUUAAUUCCAUCAAUGACAAUUUUUGUAUGUAUGUUAAGUAUUGUCUAUCUGUUAUUAAUUUCUUUGUACCAUUUCUAUACAUAUAGGAUAUGUGUGAUUAAGCUUCAUAGUAGACAGUGCUUGUUGUUACUCAACCAGGGAGGACGGGUGCUAAUGGGAGGGGGACACAGCAGAAGCUCCUAAAUGACAAUACCAGGAGAGUGAGUCAUCAGUUUUUUUAUGAUGAAGAAAUUAGCUGACACAAAGAGAAUCUGUGAUAAACUCUUUUGUGUUGUGAUAAAGAAGUGAGGCCAAUUUUUAUCAUGUAGUUUAUUUUUCUGAGUCAUUAUUAGUGGAAGCUAUUAAACUGUAAAGGAAUAUAGUUUGCAGAUCUGUGUGUACAUGUAACUGAUAUCCACAGACUGACUCAAGUAUAAUGAAAAGCCCAUGUAAGAUCAGGAUCACUGUUCUUGUUCCAUGACUAUAUCUGACAAUUUUUUAGGGGGAUAAACUUGUCCAGAUAAGUAUGGGGCAUCACUGAAAAAAGUUUCAGUGAUUCUGAUCUUCUUGUCUUGAUGUUCUUCACAACAGGAAAAUUAAGCAAGUUCUUAUAUACUAAACAUCAUGUGGACAAAAAUUUAGUCUAGUGUAUGUAUUUUACUUAUAAUUAUUGUCAAAACUUCCAAGAUGAGUAUUCUACUUGUAGAGAAAGAAAUGCACUAUUUUGUUUUUUUAUUUAACAUGCUAGAAGUGAAAAGCAGAAUUGGCUCAUAUAUGAGAUGUCCCCCUACCCAGUAGUUUUGUCUCUCUCUGUAGAUUAGAAUUACACAGCCAUUGUUUCCUUUUAUAGUAAUGUCAAUGUAACCACGCAUUAAAGGUUAUUGAUACUUAAACACUGGGAUUGCUAGAUGUUUAAUUAUACUGUAGCGGGUAGGAGAACUUCAAGUAUUACCACUGCAUGAAUUGUACCACAUUGACAUUAUAUAACCAAGUUAUCAUGGUAAACAUCACUGUUGAACAUUUGGAAAGUGGCAUGAAAUUAACUAAUGAAGUGAUGAAGUGUCUUCAUCAGUUAAUCAAUGUAUGCUGAUUGCCAGUUUAACAAGAAGACAAGUUGUAAUCAUAGCACUUUGUUCUCUAAGGCUAACUUAUCCUGUGUUUUAAAUAGGGAAUUUAGCUUUGUGACAAAAUAUGAUGCAAAUUUAGUCUGCAAGUUGUUUACUGUUGACACUCCGGUAUAAACAUUAUAAACAUUUAAACAUUCUCUGUGUACUCUGAAAGCUGUGUUGCUUGAUUCUGUUAGAAGUUGCAUAUGUUUAGAACUAGUACUGAAUAUCUGAUACCUCACAUCAGACAUGUGAAUAGAAACAGCAGAUGUAUUUCCAUAUUCUUGAUCUUCUAAGAAUAUGAAUUAUAACAUAUUUAUAAAUGAUACUUAUUUAUAAAUAUUUCACCAUCAAGAUCCACUGACACAAAAGGGAUGCAAGGGCUUUGGAUAUAACAGUGCUAAGUUCUGAACAUUUGAAAUUUCUGUCUGUUUCUCGUAUACUUUUGUGAAAUUGUGUUAGCCUGUGUUACCAUGGGCUUUAAAUAUAUAAAUCUGCCUAAAGGAAGACAAUUUGUGCGAGAAUCAGAUAAAAGAUGAAUUUAUAUCAGCUUAGAAAAAAAAAUUGUAUAGUGAUCUUGUGCAUGCAAGUUCUACCAUAUGAGGAGGGUGCUUGUUGUAAGGAACUUUCUCCACAUCACAAAACCAGGGGAUUGCACUCACUGAAGUUAGGAAUUUUGACAGCACAACAAUUUACCAGGAGUUGUGGAGUUAUAGGUUAUGUUUUGCCCUUAUUGCUGUAAGGGACCAUAUACUUGCCCAGUUAUUUAUGUCAUCCCAAUUGUGAAGGCAUAGAAGUGAUAUCGUAAGAUACAGAUGAAUGUUUCAGUGGUAGUUCAUACUUGUUAGGCUUGUGGAGUAUUCAUGGAAUAGUGUUUUGAUUUGACCUAAGGAUGAGCAAAUUACCUCUGCAAUGAACAAGAUGUGAACUCCAGGAACUGAAUUUAAUGUCUCAUGUAACUAUAAAGGAUGGAUGCUUAUGGUAAUUUUCAAAGCUAGGUUUGCUUAUGUUGUUAUUUGGUGACUGUAGAGUGUUUAAGAAAAGUAAUGCUAAGCAACUCUUCCUGAGGGCAGAUUACAAGUGUUAUAAGACAGUUCUGGUUAUUUUUCACUUUUUUGCAAGCAGUAGAUGCUCAGGACUCACAGUAUUUUGUUGUCAUAAUUCUGUUAAAUAGUAAAUUGCCCAAUUUGGGGGUAAUGUGUCAGGCAACCAGAACCUCUCAUCUCACUUGUAAUUUGUGUUGCGACAAGGGACUUUGCGCCUUACUGAUUGAAGGUCAAUGUCGCUCGUCACUUCACAUUUUCUACCAAAUAUAGUGUAAACAAUUAUGUAUCAUGAAAUAAACCAUGAGAAAUA